CUUUUUGCCAAGCUAGACUGUUACCUAAAUAUUUCCUUUUUGCCCAAAGCUCAGUUAGCAUUGUUGAAAGACUAAUGUAAUUUCUCCUUCGGGCAGUUCUCUGCUCAGUAAGGCCCGGCGAUAUUAACGGUGGUGUUGUAACCUUACAUAGUCCCAGGGUACAUACAGGCAGAGUUGGGAAUAUUACAUCUAUUAUCAUCUCACAAAAUGUAACAUUCUGUAAGGACGCGUGGUGGCGCUGCAGGAUAAGAAGGUACAAACCAGAACCGCAGUUGCAGCUCCAUUAACCGGCAAAAGCAGCAGAACCUGGAAGCCCACGGAAAGCUUGGAUGCCAAAGAGAAGACGGCAGGGUCCUCUGAAGAGGUCUAUUCUCUGCAAUAUUUCCGAGGUAUCUGUGGAAUAACCACAGCCUCUGAUACUGGGGACUUUACAGUCCCACAGAACCGUCCCCCCAGGAAGCUGAACCCACCAAGAACAAUGGAGGCCAGCGGGAAGCUCAUUUGCAGACAAAGGCAAGUCCUUUUUCACUUUCUCCUUUUGGGCUUAUUUCUGGCGGGCGCGGCGGAACCUAGACGCUAUUCUGUGGUGGAGGAAACUGAGGGCAGCUCCUUUGUCACCAGUUUAGCAAAGGACUUGGGUCUGGAGCAGAGGGAAUUCUCCAGGCGGGGGGUUAGGGUUGUUUCCAGAGGGAACAAACUACAUUUGCAGCUCAAUCAGGAGACCGGGGAUUUGUUGCUCAAUGAGAAAUUGGACCGUGAGAAUCUGUGUGGUCACACAGAGCCCUGUGUGCUACAUUUCCAAGUGUUGCUAGAGAGUCCCUUCGAGUUUUUUCAAGCUGAACUACAGGUAAUAGACAUAAACGACCACUCUCCAGUAUUUCUGGACAAAGAAAUGUUGGUGAAAGUGUCAGAGAGCAGUCCUCCUGGGACUACGUUUCCUCUGAAGAAUGCUGAAGACUUAGAUGUAGGCCAAAACAAUAUUGAGAACUAUAUCAUCAGCCCCAACUCCUAUUUUCGGGUCCUCACCCGCAAACGCAGUGAUGGCAGGAAAUAUCCAGAGCUGGUGCUGGACAAAGCGCUGGACCGAGAGGCAGAAGCUGAACUCAGGUUAACACUCACAGCACUGGAUGGUGGCUCUCCGCCCAGAUCCUGCACUGCUCAGGUCUACAUUGAAGUCCUGGAUGUCAACGAUAAUGCCCCUGAAUUUGAGCAGCCUUUCUAUAGGGUGCAGAUCUCUGAGGACAGUCCAAUAGGCUUCCUGGUUGUCAAGGUCUCUGCCACGGAUGUAGACACAGGAGUCAACGGAGAGAUUUCCUAUUCACUUUUCCAAGCUUCAGAUGAGAUAAGCAAAACUUUUAAGGUCGAUUCCUUGACAGGAGAAAUUGAACUAAAAAAACAACUCGAUUUCGAAAAACUGCAGUCCUAUGAAGUCAAUAUCGAGGCGAGAGAUGCUGGAACCUUUUCUGGAAAAUGCACCGUUCUGAUUCAAGUGAUGGAUGUGAAUGACCAUGCCCCAGAAGUUACCAUGUCUGCAUUUACCAGCCCAAUACCUGAGAACGCGCCUGAAACUGUGGUUGCACUUUUCAGUGUUUCAGAUCUUGAUUCAGGAGAAAAUGGGGAAAUAAGUUGCUCCAUUCAGGAGGAUCUACCCUUCCUCCUGAAAUCCGCGGAAAACUUUUAUACCCUACUAACGGAGAGACCACUAGACAGAGAAAGCAGAGCCGAGUACAACGUCACUAUCACCGUCACUGACUUAGGGACACCCAGGCUGACAACACACCUCAAUAUGACCGUGCUGGUCGCCGAUGUCAAUGACAACGUCCCCGCCUUCACCCAAACCUCCUACACCCUGUUCGUCCGUGAGAACAACAGCCCCGCCCUGCACAUCGGCAGCGUCAGCGCCACAGACAGAGACUCCGGCACCAACGCCGAGGUCACCUACUCACUGCUGCCGCCCCAGGACCCGCACCUGUCCCUCACCUCCUUGGUCUCCAUCAACGCGGACAACGGCCACCUGUUCGCCCUCAGGUCUCUGGACUACGAGGCCCUGCAGGGGUUCGAGUUCCGCGUGGGCGCUUCAGACCGCGGCUCCCCAGCGCUGAGCAGCGAGGCGCUGGUGCGCGUGCUGGUGCUGGACGCCAACGACAACUCGCCCUUCGUGCUGUACCCGCCGCAGAACGGCUCUGGUACCGAGUUGGUGCCCCGGGCGGCCGAGCCCGGCUACCUGGUGACCAAGGUGGUGGCAGUGGACGGCGACUCGGGCCAGAACGCCUGGCUGUCGUACCAGCUGCUCAAGGCCACGGAGCCCGGGCUGUUCGGUGUGUGGGCGCACAAUGGCGAGGUGCGCACCUCCAGGCUGCUGAGCGAGCGCGACACGGCCAAGCACAGGCUGGUGGUGCUGGUCAAGGACAACGGCGAGCCUCCGCGCUCGGCCACCGCCACGCUACACGUGCUCCUGGUGGACGGCUUCUCCCAGCCCUACCUGCCGCUCCCAGGGGCGGCCCCGGCCCAAGCCCAGGCCGACUCGCUCACCAUCUACCUGGUGGUGGCAUUGGCCUCGGUGUCUUCGCUCUUCCUCUUGUCGGUGCUCCUGUUCGUGGCGGUGCGGCUGUGCAGGAGAAGCAGGGCGGCCUCUGUGGGUCGCUGCUCGGUGCCCAAGGGCCCCUUUCCAGGGCAUCUGGUGGACGUGAGCGGCACCGGGACCUUAUCCCAGAGUUACCAGUAUGAGGUGUGUCUGGCAGGAGGCUCAGGGACAAAUGAGUUCAAGUUCCUGAAGCCUAUUAUCCCCGACUUCCCUCCCCAGUGCCCUGGGAAAGAAAUACAGGGAAAUGCUACCUUCUCCAAUGACUUUGGGUUCAAUAUUCAGUGACCAUAGUCGACUUUUAUAUUCCAUAGGUAUUUUACUUUAUGGCAUUUCUAUGCCAAUGUUUAUUUCCCUCAAUUUGUGUGUAUUUAAAACUGUACUGAUUUACUCUUGAUUUUUCUCAUGUUCUUUCUCCUUUGCUGUUAAGUGAACAUUCACUUUUAUUCCCGGUUCUUAAAAGAUGGCAAUUCAUUCUUUAACCUAGAUGAUCUUAAAUUGUAAUUAAUUUGCCUCCCUAAAGAGCAAUACCAAAUCACAUUUUUUUUUCAUGCCCCUAUCUUUAGUUGAACUUCACCUACUGUUAUGCUUAUGGUAAAAUUAAAUAGAGCAAUUUGGAAGGGAUUCACAUUUUCCAGCAUUUCUUCAUUUCUCUUUUUUUCAGCCUUAAAAUAAUGAUUGGUAUUCAGAUAUAUAAUUUUUCUUUUUUUAAAUCCAGUGCGUUUUUAGUUAACCUUUAACUAUGCUUUUUGCUUUCAAAAAUAAACCAGGAAACCUAUAUUCUAUGAUACAACUGUAAGUGUUAUCACUUAAUUCGAAAGGGUCAGAAGACCAGUUUCUCAGUAUCCUUUCCUCAUUCAUCCUGGAGAGGAUUGUGCAGGCACGUUAAUAUUGUGGCCACUCACAGAAUCUGGGAAUAUGAAGUUAUAAUUUUUAAAUUAAUGUACCAAAGCUUUAAUGCAAUCUAGUCAAAUGCAGAUGCGUGUGUCCAAAUAAUAAUUCGUAUAGCAUAAAUUGGAGUUGUGUGCUAAUGUGUAAAUUUUUUUGGCUGUAAUAUCAUAGAAUUUAAUGUAUAUACACCAGAAACUACUUUUCAGACUCUUUUCUGCUGCAACCAAUAAUUAAGAUUAUAUUUUACAUAUUUUGAAACACACAAAAUAGAAAGAAAUGCUUGUGAACAAUGCUUAGUCUUUUUAUGAUAUAAUUUGAAAUUACCUAUAUAUUUCAUUCUAUUCAAUUUUCAGAUGUGGUCAUGAUCCACUAAGUUUAUUUAAUGGUAUACUAAUGGGUAGUAACCCAAAGUUUGAAAACCACUUUUCUCAGACAUAUAGAAGUAUACCAGAUGUUGAACAUUGAUAGUAUCAAAAGAGUCCUUUAGGGUUCUAAUUUAAAAAAAAAAAAAUUCAAACCG